CCUUUAUAGGAGGAGCGGCCGGGCGGCGCGGCAGGGCCCUCCCUGUCCCGCAGACGCAAGCGGGGCGGUGGCCCCGGUUAAAGGGGAAACUUGACAGCGCCGCCGCCCGCUGCCCGUUCCCCGCUCCCGCCGCCCGCUCCGCUCCGCCGCGAGUUCUGCCCGCACCCACUGCCAAGAUGCUGCUUUUGCUGCUGGGGAUCAUCGUGCUCCACGUCACCGUGCUGGUGCUCUUCUUCGUCUCCACCAUCGUUAGUCAAUGGCUGGUGAACGGCGAGCACACAGCAGACCUCUGGCAGAACUGCACCUCUGGUAGCGUCUUCCACUGCCUGACAUCAUCCACGAACGAAUGGCUGCAGUCUGUCCAGGCGAUGAUGAUCCUCUCCAUCAUCUUCAGCGUCUUGUCCCUGUUCCUGUUCUUUUGCCAGCUGUUCACGCUCACCAAGGGCGGGCGGUUUUACAUUACUGGAGUCUUCCAAAUCCUUGCUGGGCUCUGUGUGAUGAGCGGUGCUGCCAUCUUCACAGUGCGGCACACGGACUGGCACCAAGCCUCAGAAAACACCUCCUAUGGCUUCGCCUAUAUCCUGGCGUGGUUGGCCUUCCCCCUGGCCCUUGCCAGCGGCAUCAUCUACGUCAUCCUACGGAAGCGCGAGUGAUGCCGCGGGAGGCGGCGUGGUGUGACAAGGGCACUCAUGAUGUCCACGGAGGAGACGGAGGCGGGGGAAAAUAGACGAGAAAACGGAAAAGAAAAUUAACCAAAAAAUUAAAAAAAAGGAAUAAACCCUCCCACCAAAACCAAACCCAACCGACCCCAAAAGGAAACACUCUAAGGGUUACUUGUUAAUUGAAGAUGUAUAUAGUAUCUAUGGUUUAAAAAACCUAUUUAUAACACUUUUUACAUAUAUGUACAUAGUAUUGUUUGCUUUUGUUGACAUACGCUAUGUUUUAAAGCCUAAAGCAAGUGCCUAAGGAACUAUUGCUCCUAAUAGUGUAACAAGAGCGUGGUGAUUUUUCUCUCAUGCAAAAUCCUCUUUGACCUGAACUCUCCUUCCCCAGCCCAUAUCGAACCAUCAGAAUCCCCCAGCUCUGACUGGUUUUAGGCUGGUGUAAAUCAGAGCGACACCUCUUUACGCCAGCCGGAGGGUUGGUCCCCACUCCUACCAUGUGCUGUGAUCCUGGUGACUGAAGUGCACAUCCAGAUCUGACGGGAGCCUCGUCCGAAAGGUUUGAAGGAUUUGGGAGCAAAGGCUUUUUGAUUGCCCCAAGUGCCUAAAUGACUUAUGUGCCUGAGUCCCAUGGCCUUGCCACCACACCCGCUGGGAAUUUGGGCUUUUAAAUCACUUAGGUUGAAUUGCUGCCGGGGCACUGAUGCUCCUGACCGUGAAACGUGCUUUAUCUUUGCCGUGGAGCUAAACUACCGAUGAGAAAGAAGCAAACCCAGUAUAUCUAUGAAAUCAAAUACCAGAUAUAUGAAAUGGUGCUAUCUAUUUACCAUUCCUUAUAUUGCUAGCCAUUUAACCUUCUUCACUGGAAAUUCAGUUAACGAUUUGAGGUAAACGACAAAGCUAGAAAUGAGAAAUAAUUCUGUGUAAUAUAAAUGAGCUAUAACAGCUUUUGUACUUAGACUUGCUCUUACUAUUAUUUUUAAUAAAGCAUUUAUAACCAAGGUUCCUUUUCUCCCCCCUCGUGGUCAAGAGGAACGGAAACAGCUCUGGGUGGAGCCCUGUUGUUCUUUGCUGCCGGAGCACGAUGUCUGUCCUCUGUCUGUGUGUCCGCGAUGUGUCUGGCCAUGAAUUGAACAGGCACCUGCACAGACCCCAGGCUGCCUUCUGACGACUCCAGACACUGUGUUGCUUUUGUUGGUUUUGUUUCAUUUUGGGUUGGUUUCCUUUGUUUCUUUUUUUUUUUUUUUUUUGCUUUGCUUUUCUGAUUUUAUACCGACUGUGUGGACUAAGAAGCAAUGAAAUAAAAGUCAGAAUAACUCC